AUGUUUGCUGGGUACAUUAACGAUGCCAAAUUCCGACAAAACCGAAGGUACCGGUACAAGUCACUGGCUGGUCUUACACAGUCAGAAGGUCGAAUCAAAUACCUUGCGGAAGUGCUAAAUCUCGACAAUAUAGACGAAGCUCGGGUUUUGCAGCUAUGGCCCCAUUGCGACUCUAAGUUUGUUCCUGGAACAGAUCCCAUUUACAUUCAUAAAGUGUCAAGCACGGCGAGCUACGAAGUCAAAGGACGAGCCCUGAUGCUUACUAGCGCAAAGGUUAUAAGAACGAAGAACGGAAUUGGUCAUCUGCGAGGGAACUUCGAUAGAAACUGCAAAGAGCUAAGAGGAGACUUCAAGGUUGAGUUCCGGACCACUGAAGGUAGGUACAAAAGUACACGGCACAACCUCAACACGGUCGAGGACGUUGUUUAA